GGACAGCACCGGAACGUGCCUGUGCCUGCCCAUCCCACCGGCAGGCAACCCCCGCAUCCCACAUCGCCUUGCGACUCAGCUCCGCCCUUUGUCCUACAUCUUGGUGGUGCCGUUCCUGCAUCUCCGGCGUCAAUUCUCCAUGGCUCCUUCCCCUUAAAGGCCUAGAUAUCUCGCGUGUUCUGCAUCUCUGGCUGCUUCCUACAAGCUCUGCCGCCUUGUGCUCUGUCCGCGUAACCCCGGUUCACUAUACACAAGAAGCAAUUGCCCUCCCAGAUCGUGCCUGUGAAUCCCCUUCGAUAUAUCACCCCGGUCGUUGCAUAUCACACCAUAACCUCCACCGGGCAUCUCAUCGUCCUUGUUGCUGCUGUUCAUCCUAGAGAGCAACAUGGCAGCAGCCUUUGCUAUGCGACCGUCCGAGGGCCCCUUGCCCAAUCCGGCAGGCUUGGCCACAAAGACUCCCACCAACAAGUCCGCCAUCCCACGCUCCCUCCCGGAUGCCAUCGACAUCAUCGACAUCCGCUCCGAUGCUAGUACCUUCAACCUCAAGCAGGAGAUCUUCGAGCUCUUCCGCCCCCAGGAAGGGCCCAGGCAGAUGCCGACCCUGCUCCUAUAUGAUGAGAAGGGUUUGCAGCUGUUUGAAAAGAUCACUUACCUCGAGGAAUACUAUUUGACAAACUCGGAGAUCCAGUUGCUCCGCCGCAACGCCUCCAACAUUGCAAAGUCAAUCCCGAAUGGCUCCAUGUUCAUUGAACUCGGCAGCGGAAACCUUCGCAAGAUCCGCCUGCUCCUACAAGCACUUGACGAUGCCGGCAAGGACGUCGACUACUAUGCCCUCGACCUGUCUCGGGAGGAGCUCGAACGCACCCUGGCCCAGCUACCGACUUUCAAACAUGUCAAGUGCCACGGCUUGCUGGGGACGUAUGAUGACGGUCGCGAAUGGCUGAAGCAGUCUUCGAUGGACUCCACGCCGAAAUGCAUUGCGAGCAUGGGGUCCAGUCUUGGCAACUUCUCCCGUGACGGGGCAGCGUCCUUCUUGAGGGACUUUACCGAGAUCCUUCGGCCUUCCGAUACGUUACUGAUAGGCCUGGACUCAUGCGCGAACCCGUCCAAAGUUUAUCACGCUUACAAUGACAAGGAAGGCCUAACACACCAGUUCGUCCUGAACGGACUUGUGCAUGCGAAUGAGGUGCUGGGCCAAGAAGCUUUCAACCUGGAGGACUGGAAAGUCAUUGGGGAAUACAUCUAUGACAUCGAGGGCGGCCGCCAUCAAGCCUUCUACAGCCCAGUCCGUGACGUGACGGUGCUGGGUGAGCGCAUCCGGGCGGGAGAACGCAUCCAGGUGGAGCAGAGCCUCAAAUUCUCUACCGAAAACCGCCGACAGCUCCUACAGGACGCCGGGCUGCUCGAGAAAGAUCAGUGGAUCACAGAAGAUGGCGACUACGGACUCCAUCUCUUUGCCAGGGCCAACUCGGCGUUCGACGUCAAACCCGCAAAAUAUGCUGCCUCUACUGUCCCUACACUCAAGGAGUGGCAAGCUCUCUGGGAGAAGUGGGACACCGUCACUAGAGACAUGCUGCCAGAUGAGGAGCUUCUAGGACAGCCGAUCAAGCUUCGGAAUGCCUGCAUCUUCUAUCUCGGCCACAUUCCCACCUUUCUCGACAUCCAGCUCACCAAGACUACAAAGACGGCAGCCACUCAUCCCAAGUAUUUCUCGUCCAUCUUCGAGCGUGGCAUCGACCCUGAUGUAGACAACCCUGAGCAUUGCCAUGCCCACUCGGAAAUUCCAGACGAAUGGCCCUGCGUAGAGGACAUCCUGGAGUAUCAGGGACGUGUCAGGUCUCGGUUGGAAGGUCUAUAUUCUCGUGGCGCCAACCAAAUUCCUCGUGACGUGGCUAGAGCCAUCUGGGUUGGCUUCGAACAUGAGGUCAUGCAUCUGGAAACAUUGCUAUACAUGAUGCUGCAGAGCGACAAGACGGCGCCACCGACACGUGUGCCGCGUCCAGACUUUGGAGCCCUGGCCGUCGAGGCCAAGGCCGCACGAGUCGAGAACGCCUGGUUCGAUAUCCCAGCACAAGAGAUUGACGUAGGCAUGGACGAUCCAGAGGAUGAUCUUGCGACAGACAGGCCGUUUGGCUGGGACAACGAGAAGCCAUCUCGGCGGGUUCGAGUGCACAGCUUCCAGGCCCAAGGCCGGGCUAUCACCAACGAGGAGUAUGGCCGGUUCAUGCUGGAGACGAGCACGACAAAACUCCCAGCAUCCUGGGCAACCACCAACAGACUGUCCAAUGGCACCACGAAUGGCCACUCCAAUGGCCACUCCAACGGUCACGUCAACGGUACUAGUGAUGAAAACAAGUCCGAGCUGCCGGCAUCGUUCCUGGCCAACAAGUCCGUGCGGACGGUCUACGGGCUCGUGCCGCUGAAGGAGGCCCUGGACUGGCCGGUCUUUGCCUCGUACGACGAGCUUGCGGCAUGCGCGGUGUGGAUGGGGGGCCGAAUCCCUACCGCGGAGGAGGCGCAAAGCAUCUACGCCUAUGUGGACUACCUCAAGCGUGAGCGGGCAGAGAACAAGAUUGGCAAGACGCUCCCGGCAGUGAACGCGCAUCUCAGCAACAAUGGCGUCCAGGAGACCCCGCCGUCAGCGGCAUCAUCUAAUGGCGAGGUAGCCGCCGACAAGUCGUCGUGCUUGUACGCGGACCUCGAAGGUGCCAAUGUUGGGUUCCAGCACUGGCACCCGAUGCCCGUGACGGGCGAAGGCGACGUCCGCCCAGCUGGGCGUGGCGAGAUGGGUGGCGUCUGGGAGUGGACGAGCUCGCCGUUGCGCGAGCACGAGGGAUUCGAGCCGAUGGCGCUGUAUCCGAAUUACACUGCCGACUUCUUCGAUGAGAAGCACAAUAUAGUUUUUGGCGGGUCAUGGGCGACUCAUCCUCGCAUUGCGGGGAGAAAGUCCUUUGUCAACUGGUACCAGCGCAACUAUCCUUACGCGUGGGUCGGUGCAAGACUGGUGCGAGAUUUGUAGAAAAGGGGUUGCCGGGGGGAAGGGUAGCCAUGAAACUCUUGUCCUACGCCAAGUGCAAAUUACACGCCGGAUCUCGCUUCUGUUCACGUUGCCAUGGGCUUUCCUUUUUGUUGCUGAACCUCACGCGCGCACACACACACACUCAUUCUGCGUCAGGCCAAUUGGAUAACUGGCGGAAACGAUAUAUUGGCCAUGUCUGCACGCGCGCUGGGCUU